UCGGGAAUUCGCUAUCAACCAACAUGGGAAUCAAUUGACAGUAGACCGCUUCCUGCUUGGUAUGACCAUGGUAAAUUGGGAAUUUUCAUUCAUUGGGGAGUAUUUUCUGUCCCCAGUGCUGGUUUCCAUUCUCAAGCAGCAUGGUUUUGGACGUACUGGAGACAAGAAAAAUUACCUGCAUAUGUGAAUUUUAUGAAAAAUAACUACCGACCAGAUUUUACCUACGCAGAUUUCGCCAAAGACUUCACAGCAGAAUUCUUCGACCCAAACGCAUGGGCCGAACUAUUCCAGUCGUCUGGAGCAGACUACAUUGUUUUUACGAGUAAACAUGGCGAA